CGAAAGCGGGCGGGUUCCGCCAUGGAUCCAUGCCGCGGCUUUUUCGACAGCUGCUCGCGGUGGUCUGUGCGGCAGCCUGGCCGUGGCGAGGCCCAAACCCCAAGGACGAUGACAGUCCGCUGGAGGUCAGCGAGGAGUUCCUGGAGGUGGGGCGACCCCUGCUCAUCCAGGACCUUGCACCGCACUCCACUCGCUGCUUCCCUCUCGCCGUGGAGGCGCAGCUGACUUUGCGGGUCCUGGCCUCCGUGGUGGGCUUGGCGGGCUUCCCCGCUCUCCGCGCGGGCUGGACGCCCGUGAGGCCCGGGCUGGAGGACGGCUCUGAGACGGGGCUGGAGACUCUGCACCAGGUCGUCGAAAACAAGCACCGCGAGACCCGCUUCUUUUUCUGCGUGCGCACCUUUUCCCUUCAAGGCUGUGACGCCCUCUUGACCGUGCUGACGGAGGAGUCCACUCUGGUGCAGCUCAGGCCCAACUAUCCUUCAGUCUGGCAGCUUGGUUUUGGUGCUGGGGCUGGCGGGCCCGCCAGCUUGGCCUUCUCCGUGGAGCCGGACUUUUUGGAGGACACCCGCAUCACUGUGCUGCCGGUGAGCGGCGAGGUGGAUGUGGCGGUGUAUGCCAACGCCAGCGUCGGGAACUGCAGUGGGCGGUUGCUCAAGGCAUCGAGUCUCAGUGGCCCGGACAUUGUGGACGUGCCGCCGGGGCAUGGCCAGCUCUGCGUCUUGGCGACCGGGCGAGGGAUCGUGUCAGUGGUGGCCGGCCCGCCGUUCCCUGGGCCCUUCGUCAUCCCGGCCAUACCAACCGCAGGCCUGCUGACCGGCUGCGAACAGUCCAGGUUGUGGGUGAACAAUGGCACCGACAUCACGGUCACAGCGGUUGCCGACGACGCCUCAGAAAUUACCCUCGGGGCGACCCUCGCGAAGGAAGCUCUUGAGAACCGCUGGAAAGGCGUAGUCCCCCCAGGCGGCAGCGGCGCCGCCCUGGUGAUCUCAGGCGCGGAGGUGGCGGCGGCCGAGAGGUCCUUGGGCCUGGCGAAGAAGGAGGCGGCCGUGUCUUUGGUGACCUGCCGAAAGGACCUCCGCAGCGAGGCCACGCGGUACUGGCUGACCGCGGUCACUGAAACUGGGGUCAUCAGCCUGCAGGAUGGAGUGGUGGCACACGCUUCGGUGGGCGAGGACGUGUGGCGGGACUUCCGGCUCCUGGUCGGAACAAAGGGUGAGGUCACGCUCUCCGCCAGCUCCGCCGGGAAGGUGUCCCUGGUGGCGGACACGGCGCGGAGGGAGCACUUCCUGGGCUACAGAUGGGCAGCCAAGCACAAUGGCGGCAACAGCCGCGCGGUCGCCACCCCAGCGGCCGAGGUGAUCCGCCUCACUACCGACCCCCAGCAAGUCAGCCAGGAGGUGCAUCUCCUCGAAUGCCGUCUGCCCUGCUUCGUGUACCUCGCCGCCACGGCGACGGCGGCGGCGGGGGACGCGGCGGCCGGCUUGGAGGUGCUGGCCACCGGGACCUUCGGAGAGGCCCGCUUCGUACGCCUGGCCGAGGGCAGGGAGGUGGAGCAGAGCCUCCCGCCCAAGGGCGUCCAGGUCUUCGAGUAUUCUCUGAAGCGGAACGACACCGCGGUGGUGAUCUCAGUCUCGCGUGCCAGCGGUGGUGCUGUAUUCCAGGUGUCCGCCCAGCCCGACUUCCCGGAGUCGCCGCUGACCACACGGCGCGCGGAGGCGGUGGUGCUGCUGGAGCCCUCCGCAAACGCCUUCCAAGUGGCCGUACACGCUGCAGAGCCCGUGCUCUACGUGCGCGUGGAGAACCCGGAAGAGAAGGUGUCCAGCCGCUUCUCCGUGUGCGCCCGUGCGGAGGGCCAUGCCAAGUGGCUCCACAACGGUGUGGCGGCGGAUGGCGCGGUGAAGGCGUGGAGAUACGACCGUUACCGCUUCUUCGUCACGGCGGCGGAGGCGAGCGAGCUGCUGGAGAUGAUCGUCGAGGUGUCUCCGCACCGGGGCUCGGUUGUGGUCUAUGCCUCCUGCGAGCCGAACCAGUACCCAUGGGCGCAGCGCCACGACUGGUCCAAGGAGAUGUCUGGGCAGGAGAGUUUGGUCUUCAACUCCUCGAGCCCGAAGUUCAGGCCUGGGUGGAUCUACGUCGCCAUCACCUCCCCAGACCUGGCGGCGUAUUCCUUGCGCGUCACUUGGGGCUCCGGGCCGGUACAGCUCAAGGACGGGUUCCCGGAGAAGGGCCACGUGCCGGAAAGCGCCGUGCGCUGGUUCUCCUUGCCCGCCGCGGAGGAGCAGCCCUUGGCAGUGCGGGUGGAAGCAGUGGCUGGCGUGGUCGGAAUUUGCGUGCAGGAGUACAGGCCGUCCACCAGGCUGAAGCGGCUUUUCCGAUGGCUCGGCAAAGGCUGGCGACACGCAGAAAGCGGCUGGCAACAGGAACUAGGCUGCGGCUUCUGGGCGGUGGCCAACGCCAGCGCGGAUCGCCUGGCUGCGGUGGACCUGCCCUCGAAGGGCAAGGACUCGGCCACGGCGCUUGCGCUACUGGGCCUGGGGCAGGGAGCCGCGAAUGUCUUCGGCGUGACGGCGCUCGGUGGAGAGGUCGUGACGUUGCUGGAGGAGCAGACCAUUCUGGUGGACUCGCUCGGCCCUUCCUGCUGCAUGAAGCCGCCCAACCUGCGCAGACUGUACCGGCACUUCACCCGUGUGCCCAGCGGCAGCCUCCAGCUGCUGGUGACCCCACUGGGCGGCAACAUUGGCGGUGCGAAGCUGGCGGCCAGAGCACGAGGUCAGGCGGAGUGGUUCCAAGUGGCUCAGGCUCAGGACGGGCUCCUACAACUGCAGAUCCCGCUGGAUGAGUUGGUGGGGCCAGAUCUCCGGAGUCUCCACGCGGGGUUCUGGCUUGAAGCCCGGCUGGAGGUGCAGCGGCCCCUCAGCUUCAGCCUAAGCCUCCUGCACGACUUCGCCACCCGCGAGGCCACGCCGGUCACCACGCGGCUGGUGGCGAAUGUCCCUGUCUCCGGCAGUCUCUCCGAGGCUGCGGAGGCGAGGUACGCUGUUCAGGCCAAUCCAGAGGAGGUGCAGAUCUGCCUGCGUCCUUGCUUCGGGCAGGUGCAGAUGCUUCUCUCGUACGACGGCUUGAAGUCGAAGGUUCAGGACCAGAUUGCAGCUGGCAACUGCACGCCCCUGGCGGCCGUCUCGGACAGCUCUGCAUCAGUGGUGGUGCGGAAGCUCUCGCCCCGCGCGAGCUUCGAGAUCGAGCUGGCCACCCGCGUGCGGGAGGAGCACAUCCAAUUGCCGGACCCUCCCGUAUUGAACUUCUCGCACUACAUGCGGCCCUGCGGCAACUUCGCCAAGAAGAACUGCUCGGGCCCAAAAACGCGGCGAGUUCAGCGUGACCUUCUCCUUCGACACGGCCUCCAUUGGGCUCUCCUCCUCAGGCUGGGGCUCCGAGCCGGAGAUCAGGUACCAGGUGCUGGCGAUGGAGCCGGCAGAAGAUCUGCACCCGGACCUGCCCUGCGGGCUGCUGGCGGCGAAGCAGCAGGACCGCGUGCUCGCCAGCGCCAAUGUGAAGGUGGGGAAGUACAGCUGGCGGCAUCGGUUGGAGGGCACCUUGGAGUUCGAGCGGGACUUCGGCAACACGACCCUGGUGGUGAACGUGCUGGCGACCCUGGUCUUCCCUUCGGGCCAACUGCUCGGGGCGGCCAGCUACCGCGCGGUGGAGCUGGUGCCAGACCAGCUAGGGAGCCCUCCGCAGGUGCCCUACAUCGCGGGCGGCAUCGCCUUGCUGGUGGUCAUUUGCUUGAUGACCAGGAGCCGCAAGGCCGGCACAGGCCAAGCCCGACAGGUUAGCCUUCAGGAGCCCAUCGAGAUGCAGGCGACCUACGACCUCCACGAGGACGGUGUCACAGGGCUUCUACAGCAGGAGCAUGGCGGCUACGUGCCGCCCAGCGUGUGACCGG